AUGUCCGCCCCGAACCCCCCCGAGGACAAGGUCAACACGAACCCUGCGACUCCCCUCAAGCCCGACGUCAGUUCCCGCAUUGCGAAACUCAAAGGUCACGUCAAGCCCACGGCCUUUAACACCCCCGUCCGCCAGGGGAUGCUCGAAAAUGAAAUUGUCACGAAGAAGGCAGGUUAUUGGAACGGAUUGGGAGAUCCUCCUGGAGAGAAGGUGUCCAAGAAGGACGUCAAGACGGGCCUCGUUGACAAGAGGAUGCAAUCUAUGAAGAUACAUCAUGUCUCGCUGACGAUAUAUGGGUCGCUGUCUCGACCUUCUGUCUCGCCGAUCUCUGACCGCUCAGUCCAUGAUAUCUCUGCCAAACCUAUCGGCGACAACUUUAUCGAUCUCCCGCCGCUGCCUCAACCUGUCAACCUCCUUCUGCGUCUCAUGGAGCUGAGCCAACAACUCUUCUCUAAUCUCCGCGUCUACUAUAGGUUUGGCUCGUACCGCUUCCACCAAGGUGGUUAUGACAUCCCUUUGAUGGUUAUUGCAUUCGCUACCCCCGAUACAGCUACCGAAUAUGACCGAUACCUCGAAAAAAGCCAGAUUGCUGUUGAUGGUCAGGAACACCCAGCCCACGCCAUCGAGCAGUGGGCAGUACUUGGCGAUAUGUCUUCGGCAGUGCCUAGCGGGUUUCGGCUGGGAGGACGUAUCGAACAUGUAGUUGGCGAUACUUACAUGCUCGACGCGGUCGGUCACGUUGUGCCGUAUGCCUGGAGCGUCUUGGCCACAGCGUUGGGGCCUCCCAGUCCGAUCAUUGCCGGCAAAUCGCCCGAGUCCAGGGAAGCCACUACGAUUCCGGAAAAUCCUUUAGACACGCCCGCUAGCACAGUCCAACACAGAGGCCUCACUUUCCUCAAUAGCUGGCAAAGCGCAUUUGAGGUACCGAAAUGCGGUGAUCCACGAUCCAAGGCACAAGCGUCGAUAUCCGUCUUGAGGAAGGACGGACGCUCCGCCGCAAGCAGCCAAGCAAUGAAGCGCGGCGACCUCAGUGCUACUGAGCAAGCAACAUCAGAUUCGCCGACGCAGACGGCCUCUCUUUCGACGACCGUACCCUAUUUUCCAGAGGCGAGUGGAUACGUCCUGACAACCAAUGAGCCUCGUGAAAACUGAAUCAGGACUUUUGCGUUGGACAGAAUGAGACCCGACGCGCCAGACCCGGAUCGCUUUCCCAAUACAUGGGCAUCAUCGACUUUACGCACCCAGGCGAUGUCGGUUCGAUCCAAACAUCAAACGAGGCGAAAUCUUGAGUCAAGCUACUCUCGAAGGCAAGGGAAGGGAGGAUACAGAUGUGCUUGGGAAGAAUCGAGAGCAGGCUUAGGAGAUCCGGUCGGAAGUAUCAGUUGACUGGUUUUCAGCAAGCCCGACCGAUGUUUUAUGGAAGUACAUCGCGAGAAGGAUCGCGUGUGGGUGAACGCGAUGGCUUUCACUGAACUUCAUGGGAAAUC